AUGGAUGUUAUCAUACCGAUAGAGCCAUCAACAUCGAAUGUGCAUAGAUUUGUUUUGGUUGCCAUCGACUACUUUACUAAGUGGGUUGAAGUUGCUUCAUACAGAGUCGUCACUAAGAAAGUGGUUGCAGAUUACGUCAGGAAUAACUUGAUCUGUGGAUUUAGAGUACCGGAAUCAAUCAUUACGGAUAAUGGGGAAAACUUUAAUAGUCACUUGAUGAACAAAAUUUGUGAUCAGUUCAAAAUAGCGUAUCGUAACUCGGCUGCGUAUCGUCCCCACUUGAAUGGAGCCAUGGAAGCUGCCAAAAAAUAUCAAGAAGAUUUUGAGGAAAAUGGGAAACUCCUUAUGAGUAACGAAAAAUGGGUUCGUGCUCGCUACGAACAACACAUGUUGAUUGAUGAAAAGAGAAUGGUCUCUGUAUGCCAUGAUCAGUUGUAUCAAUAUAGGAUGGUUCGUGCCUUUAACGAAAAGGUGAGAGCUCGAACAUUUGAAGUGGGGCAACUAGUUCUCAAACGAAUAUUCCCUCACCAAGAGAAUACAAAGGUACAAGAAGAGAUGACUUCACUUUUUAGACAACAACUCACACAGAGAUAUGGUAAAACACCAUACGCCUCUUUCGUGAAUUAG